UCUUCUCAUAAUUUCAAGGCUCCCCUAAACUAUCUGAAAUUUCGAUGAGGGCACUACGCAGUGCAUACAUACACUAUAUAUAUUGACUUCAUUCCUUCCCUCUCUCUCAUUGCUCCUCCUCACAAUUCUCCGUGACUUCUCUCUGUUUCCUUGUCUUGGUCUUUUUCUCUCUGUAUCAGGAAUUUGCAUUUUUCGCACCGGGCUGCUUGAUCUCUUGACCUGAAUUGGAUUUAAAUUGUUUUGGUAUGGCUACAUAUAAGCCAAAGAACAUACUUAUUACCGGGGCUGCUGGCUUCAUUGCAUCCCAUGUUUGCAAUCGGCUUAUCCGCAACUACCCUGAUUACAAAAUUGUUGUCCUUGACAAGCUUGAUUAUUGUUCAAAUCUGAAAAACCUCCUUCCUUCAAAAUUAUCUGCCAACUUUAAGUUUGUCAAGGGGGAUAUUGGCAGUGCUGACCUUGUCAAUUUCCUUCUCAUCACUGAAUCAAUUGACACAAUUAUGCACUUCGCUGCCCAGACCCAUGUGGACAACUCCUUUGGUAACAGCUUUGAGUUUACCAAAAACAAUAUCUAUGGAACCCAUGUUCUUUUGGAGGCCUGCAAAGUCACUGGCCAGAUUCGGAGGUUCAUCCAUGUAAGCACAGAUGAAGUAUAUGGUGAGACGGAUGAGGAUGCUGUUGUAGGAAAUCAUGAAGCUUCUCAACUCCUCCCAACAAACCCAUACUCUGCCACAAAAGCUGGAGCAGAAAUGCUUGUUAUGGCGUAUGGCAGGUCAUAUGGGUUACCUGUGAUAACAACCCGUGGAAACAAUGUAUAUGGUCCGAAUCAAUUUCCUGAGAAACUAAUUCCAAAGUUUAUCCUCUUGGCUAUGGAAGGGAAAGCUCUUCCAAUCCAUGGAGAUGGUUCAAAUGUGAGGAGUUAUUUAUAUUGCGAGGAUGUUGCUGAGGCUUUUGAAGUCAUCCUUCACAAGGGAGAGGUGGGUCAUGUGUACAAUAUUGGGACAAAGAAAGAAAGAAGAGUGAUAGAUGUGGCUAAAGACAUAUGCAAGCUUUUCUCAAUGGACCCUGAGACAAGCAUCAAGUUUGUAGAAAACAGGCCAUUCAAUGACCAGAGGUACUUUCUUGAUGAUCAGAAGCUGAAGAUCUUGGGAUGGUCAGAGCACACUACUUGGGAGGAGGGGUUGAGGAAGACUAUGGAAUGGUACAUUCAAAAUCCUGAUUGGUGGGGUGAUGUAACUGGUGCCCUGCUUCCCCAUCCAAGAAUGUUGAUGAUGCCUGGUGGAAGACACUUUGAUGGAUCUGAAGAGAAUAAAUCUGCAUCUUAUGUUUCAAGUACUUCUAAUCAGACCCGAAUGGUCAUUCCAGUUUCUAGGACUAGCAGUAGUGGCUCACCUCAAAAACCAUCGAUUAAGUUCUUGAUAUAUGGCCGGACUGGAUGGAUUGGGGGUCUACUUGGCAAUUUGUGUGAGAAACAAGGAAUUCCUUUCGAAUAUGGUAGGGGGCGCUUGGAAGACCGAUCAUCACUUUUGGCAGAUAUUCAGAAUGUUAAGCCAACCCAUGUUUUUAAUGCUGCUGGUGUUACUGGUAGGCCAAAUGUUGAUUGGUGUGAAUCCCACAAGACAGAAACCAUUCGCACCAAUGUUGCAGGAACUUUGACAUUAGCAGAUGUUUGUAGGGAGCAUAACCUCCUGAUGAUGAAUUUUGCUACUGGCUGUAUAUUUGAGUAUGAUGCUAUUCAUCCAGAGGGUUCUGGCAUUGGGUAUACUGAGGAAGACAAACCCAACUUCACUGGAUCAUUUUAUUCAAAGACCAAGGCUAUGGUUGAAGAGCUCUUGAAAGAAUAUGACAACGUAUGUACCCUCCGAGUUAGAAUGCCAAUAUCAUCAGACCUAAACAACCCACGCAACUUCAUUACUAAGAUUUCUCGAUACAACAAAGUGGUUAAUAUUCCAAACAGCAUGACCGUCUUGGAUGAACUUCUACCUAUUUCCAUUGAGAUGGCUAAGCGGAACUUGAGAGGCAUAUGGAACUUCACAAACCCUGGUGUGGUGAGUCAUAAUGAGAUUUUGGAGAUGUACAAGAGUUAUAUUGACCCCAGCUUUAAGUGGGUUAACUUUACACUAGACGAGCAAGCUAAGGUGAUAGUUGCACCACGAAGCAACAAUGAGAUGGACGCGUCCAAGUUGAAGGAGGAGUUCCCUGAAUUGCUAUCAAUCAAGGACUCUCUAGUUAAAUAUGUCUUUGAGCCAAACAAGAAAGUUUAAAGAUAAAAGCGGCAUUUGUGGGCUUGCAUUUUGCAUGAUAAGUGGAUCAGAGUAUGCUAGCGUUUCAAUUCUACAAGUUAUUUACAAUUAGAUCAUCUUAUUAUUUCUUCCACAUAGAAAGUGAAGUUGAUUCUAUUAGGUAUGCCUCUUCGAUUUCUUCAUCCCGAGUUGUAUUUUAGUCUGCCUUUGUGCCUUCCUAGUUCCCACAGCAAACUUUCUAUAGGUUCUUGAUAUUUGUGCGCAAUCUGCAAACUUGCAUUGCAGGUGUCUUUAAGACUUACAGUUUAGAUAUGUGCUUUUAUUUUAUUGUUUACUUUCUUUACUGCUUAGAUAAGUUGUGGUGGUGUUGCCCUUAUGAUUUAAAGGAGUAGAACCAUACGAUUGAGCAUUUUAUCUUCCAAUAUUCAUUUUCAGGUAUAUUUUGAGUAAAA